AUGUUUUCCUCUCUCAAAGAUAAAGUCGGUCAGGUUUUGUUACCGGGAGAUGAAUUCUCCUUUCAGGCCGACGACACCAUCUCUCUGUCGGGUCCCGUGAAGCCGGAGAAGAUGGUGUGUGGUCCGGGUCUGAGGCGGAGCGGAGACCGGCUGCUGGUGUGUAAAAGCGGAGUCCUCCGACACAAACCCCCCAACAUGUUCUGGAUGGACUCCCAGCAGAGGAGGGUAAACUCUCUUUACACUGUAAACAUACACGUAUUAAUAUUCAUGUCUGCUCGGUGUUCAUGUCUCUCUACAAAGUUUAAAUCCUGUCCCUGAUGUUUAGCGUGUAGGGGCGGCAUGCGGAACUCCAUUUUGAAAACCUGACAUUUAAGGUUUUUAUCUCCUUUACUAAUGUACGAACAAUGCGUCACAGUUUUUGGACUUCACUCACAUUAAUACACCACCUUAUUGAUUACGGCUCUAAGAAAAUGUUCUCAAGCUGCUUUUUGUGCCUUCAAAGUUAAACUUUACUCUCUCAGUCUGCCGUUAUCUUCUCUGUCCGCUGGAGGGCGCCAAGCUUUACAGCAGCGAGUAAAAGUUCCGAUUAUUGAGUGAAAAAGUUCCUCAGGUGAUAAAUACACUCCCCGAAUUAUUCACAAAACACCAAACAUUUAUCACAUUUGUGUUUUUAUUGUUUUUAAAAAAAAGCUUCAUUGAAAUUUACACUUUGUUGUUAAACUGAACAAAGUGUAAAUGGAGUUCAGCAGUGAAACGCUUGUAUCGUGAUAUAUGUAAAAAGUUAGGACACAAGGAUCCUAAAAGGGGACAUUCCUGGUAAGUACAGGUGUAGCAGCAGUGCAUCCUGGGAUCUGAGUGUGUCUCUGUCCUCAGUAUGUCCCUGUUAAAGGAGAGACGGUCAUCGGCAUCGUGACGGUCAAAUCAGGAGACGUCUUCAAGGUGGACUUUGGAGGGAGUGAGCAGGCGUCUCUGUCCUACCUGGCGUUCGAAGGAGCCACCAAGAGGAACCGGCCCAACGUCCAGGUAGGACUCUGAGGACAGGAAGUCCAGGUGAGACACCGCUCCUGCCUGUUUACCUGACCCACCCCCCUCUGUGUGGUGUACCUGUGCAGGUGGGGGACCUGGUCUUUGCUCAGUUCUUGGUGGCCAAUAAGGACAUGGAGCCCGAGCUGGUCUGUGUGGACAGCGUGGGACGGGCCAAUGGGAUGGGGGUGUUUGGAUCAGGAGGUCUGCUCUUCACCGUGUCUCUGGGACUCGUCAGGAGGUACGCUCAUCCUCAGACUCUCAUGCCCCCCCCCUCUGUCCCUCUCAGACUGUAAUAACCCCCCCUCUCUGCCCCCCCCAGGCUCCUGGCCCCCCACAGUGACGUCCUGCAGGACCUGCAGCAGCUCUUCCCCUGUGAGCUGGUGGUGGGGAUGAACGGCCGUCUGUGGGUCAAGUCCUCCAGCCUUCAGCGGACCCUCGUCAUCGCCAACCUGCUGCAGAGCUGUGACACCAUGACGGCCCCCCAGAGACAGACGCUGUUCAGGAGGGUGGCACAGGGGGCGCUGUAG